UUCAGUGUCACGUCAUCCUAGGCAAGUCUGUCCGUCUGUACUUUAAACAGGGACAACAUGGACGACGACGUCUUAACAACUUUAAAAAUAUUAAUAAUCGGAGAGAGUGGUGUCGGAAAGUCAAGUUUGCUCCUGAGAUUCACGGAUGACACAUUCGAUCCAGAACUAGCUGCAACCAUUGGUGUGGACUUCAAAGUGAAAACUGUAGCAGUCGAUGGCAAUAGAGCAAAGCUGGCUAUAUGGGACACAGCCGGACAGGAAAGGUUCAGAACUCUGACGCCAAGCUACUACAGAGGCGCACAGGGUGUGAUAUUAGUGUAUGACGUCACAAAACGGGACUCGUUCACAAAGCUUGGGAACUGGCUCAAUGAGUUGGAGACGUACUGCACACGCAACGACCUUGUCAAAAUGCUUGUCGGAAAUAAAAUAGAUAAGGACAACCGUGAGGUAGACAGGAAUGAAGGCUUAAAAUUUGCACGGAAACACUCCAUGCUGUUCAUUGAGGCCAGCGCCAAGACGCGGGAUGGUGUGCAGUGUGCCUUCGAGGAGCUGGUGGAGAAGAUCCUGCAGACGCCCGGGCUCUGGGAGAGCAGCACCCAAAGCUGCGGCGUGCAGCUUUCCGACGACCCCCAGCAGCAAGGCCAUGGAGCCUGCGGGGGUUACUGCUCCCUUCUCUGACUCCCCCACCACUACCCCAUCCCCUCCAGUGAAGACAGACUCGGGAGAUGAAAUGCUGCGGUUUUCCAGACGUCCGGGCAAGAGCUCCCCCCAAGAGCAGAAGGUCCAUCGACCCCCACCCCAAGCCACUCGGGUGGGGAAAGGACUUCUGACAUUCGCUCACCUUCUGUUAGUCAGUGUUUGUCCUCACACUUCAGGUUCUUCUCUUAUAUGCCACUCGGCUCAUUUAUCAUAGACCUCCGUUGCUAGUGUACAAUGUGAGUUGUUAGCACUCUGCUGGCUGUGGUUCUAAAUAUUAGUCACUACAUCAUUUGUGCCCCUAGCAGGAGGACAGAGUUGGCUUGCUUCUUUCUCAUUGAGAGAGAUGCUUUUGACAUGAUUAUCAAGGAAAGAAAGGAGGGCAUAGCAGUAGAUUAGGGAAUUGAUAUCUAUUGGUCUGUUGAACUCCAUCCAGAGACAAAUGGCAGUUAAAUGUCCCACGGGGAACAGACCACCUGGAGUUUUCAUUAUUAUAUACUGUAUCUAGGCCCUUUGUUACACUGCAUGCUGUGUAAUAUGUCGUCUUUAUUUUUAACAUUACUUUGCCCAGUGUGGAUUACUUUUAGCUUGGCAAUAAGCACAGUUUUGUUUUGCUGUUUUUAUAAAAUGUGGAGAAAUAUUCCUUCAGAAAGAAAGCUGAUGUGGAGAAAUACCUUUCUGGUUCUCUUCUUGUGAACUGUGACAAUUAUGUACUGGCAAACCUGAAUUGAUCCAGAUGUCCAAUUACUAGAACAUGUUUAAGGUGCAAUAACGGUCAUUAAUCCUUAAAAAAAAAAAAAAAAAAAAAAAAAAAAACUAAAAAAAAAAAAAAAACCUUGCUAGAAAAAUGCAUAAUGACAUGGACCUAAGUUAUACAGGAUUUUAGCAUGUGUGUAUCCCAUAAAACAGUUAUCCAGUCUGGCUUCAAUGUGGUCCUGCUUAUUUAAACGUCUCAAGCUUCAAAAGUGCGUUAUUGGUCCCAUUUAUCAGAAACGAAUAUAAGAAGGUUUGCCUGCGUGUGAAUGGCUUGUUUUGAUUCGCUCUCUGUGUUCAUUCCACUGUUCUUAUCCAGAGGCCUAAUCAUGCCAUCGCCUUAACAUGGACUUGCUUGUAUAGCAGUGCUGCUUGUUAAAAGUAACUGUCACUGUUUCUACAGUUUCAUAGUUGAUAAAUUUAGUUGUAACAAUUUGUUUACUUGACACUAGUCUGGGUCAGCAGGGAAGACGGUCUAAGUCAGUGUUUGGUAUGAAAACUGGUGGUGUAGCUUGAGAAUGUAGUUCUUCCACAGAGAGGUAUUAUUCAGCCAUUAUCUGAGGCAUCUGAAAAUCAAUGAAAGGAAGCAUUGCAGCUCUAAGAGUUUACAGACAGCUUAAAAAUCAAAGGAACAUUUAAAGGCGCUAUAUGUGAGGGAAGCAUGAAACAUCAGCAACAGAGCCAAACACUGGAAGGUAAAGAUCAUACAACUUUCCUGUUGGUGAAAGCUGGAUGCAUGCAGUCAUUGAGUUCUGAUCGUUUGCCAUGGCAUCUAUCAAAGGCGCAGUACAGUUCUUAUUAUCAUCAUCACAAGCUAAGUUCUUGUGUUGGGUCUGUCAGUGUACUGCAUCACAUUACAUCAGGUUGAUGGUGACAACACACUUCCAACCCUAAUUUUAACCAUAUAAGUUAUGCACUCUUGUGAGAUGCUGUUGACAGGAAAAAGAUUAGCUCCAGCUCCACGUCAAUUAACAACCCCCUUGUAAAGUCUGCACACAGACCGAGAGGAUCUUAUGGCAAUUAAAAUUUAAGCCUCCUAUAUAUAGCCUCUUUUAAUAAGUAGUUUGAAGCAAUGUUGAUCUGGGAAGAAGUUUUGCUUGGCUGAUACCGAUUCUGGCUUCUCUGACAUACUUGAUCUCAGAACCAAAUGUUGCAAUCUUUAUUCCAUUCUGUGAUAAAAUGGCAUUGAAUAUGUAUCUGAGAGCAUUGGUACCAUUUUUCUUUUGCAAUAAAAUUAUUAAUAAUC